AUGACGUUCUAUUUGCUUAGUGAAGGCCUUACCUGCGUGGGCAUUUUUUCAGGGGCCUACGAGUCGCUCAAGGUGCUUUCUCGGGUGGAAAAGGGCGUGGACACGGACACACUCGCUGCAGUUUUGGAAUUCUGGAUCGUCUUGGCUGCAGCUGCUAUCUUCCAGCAGUACAUCGAGUUUUUCAUAUCGUGGUUUCCCUUCUACUAUUUGUUCAAGUGCGUCGUGUUGGGGCUGCUGUUGACACCAAACAAACAAUUCACGCACCUCUUUUUCGAGGGAUUCAUUCGACCAGCGGUUGUGAGUAUCAAGCAAAAACUUGACACGAACGUGCUCCCGAUUAUCGAAACGCUCGUCAUCAAACACGGCCAUUGGUUCAACAAAAGACUGUUGGCUCGCUCGAUUCAGCUCUCGUCGGAAGAAGAACUUUUGGAGCUUGAACGAGAUCUGCAGGAGAAGCUCACCCAAGUCCAUGACGAAAUCUGUGCAAGACAGCGCAUUAAAACUUCCAAUUAG